CGGGGCGUGUUUUACUCCCGAAAGAGCCUCACUCCUGCUUCUUUCCGCUUCACAAGAACAUUUUUGGGAAUAACUCACCGGUAGAAAACUUUGAAUCAAGAUCAUGAUUACAGCGGCAGAGUAUGGAGAAACAUCAUGGGAGCUGUCGGUGCAGGUGGAUCAAAAACAGGGAGAUGAGUCCAUGAGAUUUAAAAUGAGGGUGAAGGGAGACUUGCACAUCGGAGGACUCAUGCUGAAGCUGGUGGAAAAGAUUAAGGCUCCUCAGGACUGGUCAGAUCACGCCCUGUGGUGGGAACAGAGGAAAUGCUGGCUGCUCAAAACCCACUGGACAUUAGACAAGUAUGGAAUCCAGGCUGAUGCUGACCUGCGCUACACACCCCAACAUAAGCCCCUGUUGCUGCAGCUCCCCAACAUGAAAACCAUCAAAAUUACCGUCAGCUUCUCCAGUGUGGUCUUCAAGGCGGUGGCAGAGAUCUGUCGGAUGCUCAACAUCAGACAUUCAGAGGAACUGUCCCUGCUGAAGCCUCCAGACGAUCCCUCCAAAAAGAAGAAGAAGAAAGACAAGAACUCAGCACAGGAAGACAUCUGGGACAUCGACUUGGUUAGCGGGGGACCUGUAGGCACAGGCCCCAUGUACAGCAAGACCAUGACAGCCACUUACGACCCAGAGAACGGGAUGCCCAUGUCCGCCACAAGCCUUUGGUUUGGAGAAAACCCUCUAGCUGACUCCCAGCCAAACCUGCCGCCUGCCGAGCUGGCCAAGAUGUACCAGCCGCUCUCACUAGUGGACAAAGCAGUUAACAAUGCCGGGUGGUUGGACUCGUCUCGUUCUCUUAUGGAGCAAGACAUCCAAGAUGACGAUAAACUAUUGCUUCGCUUCAAGUACAACGUCUUCUUUGACCUCAAUCCUAAAUAUGAUGCCGUCAGGAUAACCCAGCUGUAUGAACAAGCUCGCUGGUCCAUCCUGCUGGAGGAGAUCGACUGCACUGAGGAGGAAAUGCUGAUGUUUGCGUCAUUACAGUAUCACAUUUGUAAGCUGACCAUUUCAAAUGAACCAUUGGACAACUCCAAGGAGCCAGAAAUAGAUGAAGUAGAAGCUGCCCUGUCCAACUUGGAGGUGACACUUGAAGGCGGACACAAAGACCGAAUUCUGGAAGACAUUACAGACAUUCCAGAGCUGGCAGAUUCCCUCCGGCUGUUUAGGCCCAAAAGACUAACGCUGCGGCCGUACAAAGAGUACUGGUUUGUUUUCAAGGACACCACCAUCUCCUACUACAAGAACAAGGAGGUCUCCAGUGGAGAACCCAUAGAGCAGUUUCACCUCCGAGGUUGCGAGGUAGUCCCCGAUGUCAAUGUGACAGAUAAAAAAUUCGGCAUCAAGCUCCUGCUCCCAGUUGCUGAUGGCAUGAAUGAGGUGUACAUCCGAUGUGACAAUGAGAUGCAGUACGCCAAGUGGAAAGCUGCAUGCAUCCUUGCCUCCAAGGGCAAGACGAUGGCCUACAGCUCCUACAAGUCAGAAGUAAGGAACAUCCAGUCCUUCCUGCAGAUGAAGAACCUGGCGCCCCCUCCUGGUCAGGCGGCUCCGGACCUCAAUGCUAUGGAUAUGAACUCUGAAUGUUUUUUUUCUCCACGCUACACCAAGAAGUACAAGACCAAACAGCUAACCGCUCGUAUCCUGGAGGCCCAUCAGAACAUUGCACGACUGUCCCUGAUGGAGGCCAAAAUGCGCUUCAUCCAGGCCUGGCAGUCACUUCCAGAGUUUGGUAUCAACUACUACAUUGUCAGAUUCAAAGGCAGUAAGAAGGAUGAGAUUUUGGGGAUCUCAUACAACCGUAUGAUUCGUAUUGACCUGUACACUGGGCUGCCUGUCACCACAUGGAGGUUCGCCAACAUGAAGCAGUGGAACGUCAACUGGGAGAUAAGACAGGUGACCAUUGAGUUCGACCAGAACGUGUCAAUAGCUUUCUGCUGUUUAAGCUGUGACUGCAAGGUGGUCCACGAGUUCAUCGGCGGUUACAUCUUCCUCUCCACAAGAUCGAAAGACCAGAACGAGACGCUAGACGAAGACCUGUUUCAUAAACUGACCGGAGGGCAAGAAUGAGGAAAACUUGUGCUUCUAAUAGCACAUCUUUUGUUUAUUUACGUGUGUUACAAUGUGAAAGUGCAGCAUUCAUCCGCUGUAGCAAUGGUAAACACUGAGCAAAUCACUGCCACACACAGUGUAAUACUGUAAAUUUAACAUUUUCACUCAACAUUAGCAUCAGAGGUUUUUAUCAUUACUAUCCUGCUGUGAACUGUUAUAGAAAUGUACCCUGCACUGGAAGAAUAAUGGCAUUGAUGUAAAUAUGUAGUCAAGAUUCUCUCAAAAAUUGGACGCAUUGAUACUUGUAAGAAUUAAGCUUUUUUUUAGGUGAAGAGAUGUCCUCGUUUCAGGAAAGAAAAAACCUUUUGUAAAAAUCAUUAAAGGGUGUUUUUUUAUAUUUCACACACUUGUUCAUUUGAGUUAUUAUAUUAAACGUUAAAGUUGUUAAAUUCA